AUGCCACUCAUAUUGAAUGGCCACUAUAUAUUGUGGCCGUCAAGCAAGAUACGAGAAAAAUUCAUUUACGAAAAAAAGUUUAUACCCAAAAAUAUAAUAUAUACAAGAUUUCAGGUGUGUUCCGAUCGAGUUUUUCUGGCCGCCCCUCGUUACAAGCGUGGAGUACCGUUCACAUUAAGUUACACAAAAUUCACGCACAAAGAGAAGUGUUACAAUUAUGUAAGUCCGUUUCCGUGCAUAGAAAAUGAAGAUGUAAUGAUUGGAGCAAGUGAUAGUGGAUCAUCAUUAAUCAAUGCCAUAGAUUUAAAAAUGGGAUGUGACAGUACUCUUUGGGUUUUAGAUGCAGGAAUUUCAGAUACCCUCAGUGACCAUCCAACAAGGAUAUGCGAUCCAAAGAUCGUCGGGUUCGAUAUAUUUACAAAAAAAGUUAUACAUACGAUUACAUUAAGUACGUUGAUAUGUCGGGCCAAAAGCAGGUUACAGUAUCUAGCAGUGGAGCAAGUCACAGAUUCGAUGACAGUGCUCUAUGUGGGCGACGGUGGUACGCGAUCGAUAAUCGUGUGGUAUGUUCAGAAGAACGAAGGAUAUAAGAUUAAGUUACCACACUCAAUUGUUGAUGGAUGCUCGGAAAACCCAAUGGAAGACGUGUUCUAUAUGAUGCUGACAGAACAAGAGGCUGUAAAUUAUAUUUACUUCACGUACCUUUCAAGUCAGGACAUUUUUCGGACCCGGACCAAAGACCUACAGAAACGCAUGAACUCCAAGUGUAUAGUCAACAUGGGUAAGAAACCGUGCAAAAUGGUGUUUCUAGGCGUGGGUUAUGGAUCUGUUUUAUACUUUCGGAUCAAGGGCCAGAAUCACUUGUACAGCUGGGACACGAAGCAAAGUUUUCUCGAAGAAAACUUCAUGGUUGUGCGAAAGAGUAGAGACUGCCGACUGAUAACACACGUGGACGUAGACAGCGAAGGCGUCUUGUGGGUUUUGGAGAGCAAUAUACAGGACUUUAUCGUCGACCACGUGGGUUGUUAUGGGCCCAGUAUAAUGUUGACACCCGUGUUUGAAAACCCUGUCCCGGUUAUGAACGACUUAGACGAUACAGAACAUUUUUCACCAUCUGAGUAA